AUGUCCUCUGGAACCAGUAUCAGCAAAAAUCGGCAGGCUCCGAGCCUGCAGGGUGUUGACCCAGAAACAUGCAUGAUAGUGUUUAGAACACACUGGGCACAGGUUCUGAAAAUCUUAGAGAAGCAUGAUCCUUUGAAAAACACUCAGGCAAAGUAUGGGGCAAUUUCACCUGAUGAGGCCAGCACUGUUCAGAAUUAUGUAGAGCACAUGCUUUUCUUGUUAAUUGAAGAGCAAGCAAAGGAUGCUUCAAUGGGGCCUAUUCUGGAGUUUGUGGUCUCAGAAAACAUCAUGGAGAAGCUUUUUCUUUGGAGCUUACGGCGAGAGUUCACCGAUGAGACAAAAAUCGAGCAACUAAAAAUGUAUGAAAUGCUAGUAACCCAGUCUCAUCAGCCUUUGCUACAUCACAAGCCCAUCUUGAAGCCUUUGAUGAUGUUGCUGAGUUCCUGCUCAGGAGCAUCCACUCCAACAGUGGAAACAGAGUUGGUCGUCCUCUUGAACCAGCUCUGCUCUAUAAUAGCCAAAGAUCCCUCCAUUUUAGAACUGUUUUUCCACACCAGCGAGGACCAAGGAGCUGCCAAUUUCCUCAUAUUUUCUCUGCUGAUUCCCUUCAUCCAUCGAGAAGGAACAGUAGGCCAACAGGCCCGUGAUGCACUGCUUUUCAUAAUGUCUCUGUCUGCAGAAAACAACGUUGUUGCAAACCACAUAGCAGAAAACACCUAUUUUUGCCCGGUGUUAGCAACAGGACUAAGUGGCCUCUAUUCAUCUUUGCCUACAAAGCUGGAAGAAAAAGGAGAAGAGUGGCACUGCCUGCUGAAAGAUGACUGGCUGUUGUCACCAGCCCUUGUACAAUUCAUGAACUCCCUUGAAUUUUGCAAUGCUGUGAUACAGGUGGCACAUCCCUUGAUACGCAACCAGCUUGUGAAUUACAUUUACAAUGGAUUUUUGGUGCCGGUAAUGGCUCCUGCGCUCCAUAAGGUGACUGUUGAAGAAGUGAUGACUACUACUGCAUACCUGGAUCUCUUUUUGCGUAGUGUUUCAGAGCCAGCCCUCCUCAAGAUUUUCCUCCGUUUUAUUUUGCUGCACCGACAUGAGAAUGUGCAUAUCCUAGAUACACUUACUAGCCGAAUCAACACACCGUUCCGG